AUGGGUUCAACGGUGUUAAUCACAGGUGCUACAGGGUUUAUUGCUACUCAUAUCAUUGACUUAUUGAUCAAGGAAGGUUACGACGUGAUUGGUACAGUUCGUUCAGUUGAUAAAGGGGAACAAAUUCAAAAACUCUUUGGAAAAGAACAUUUCAAAUAUGUAAUUGUUAAAGAUCUUGUUAAUUCUAAAGAUGAUUUCAAUAAAGUCUUUAUUGAAAAUCCAAAUAUUGAAACAGUCAUUCACACUGCUUCUGCUGUUUUCAUUACUGAUAAGAUUCAAGAAUUAAUCGUGGACCCUGCUGUUAAAGGCACAGAAAACAUUCUUGAUACAAUUAAGACACAUGGUGGUAAUGUUAAAAGUUUUGUCUACACUUCAUCAAUUGGUGCAAUCAUUACCCCUAGUUCAGAUCAAAUGGGUAUUACAAGAGAUGAAUCAACUUGGAACGUUGCCACAUGGGAUCAAUCAAAAUUCCAUCCAUUAACAGGUUAUAUGUUUGCUAAGACUCAAGCUGAGCGUGCUGUUUGGAAAUUUGCUGAGGAAAAUACAAAUAUUAGAGUUGCUUCAGUUAAUCCUUCUUAUGUUUUUGGACCUCAAGUUUCAAAUGAAUUUGUUAAGAAAACUUUAAAUUCUUCAAAUGAAGUUAUAAACACAUUGUUAAGAGAUGGUGAAAAUUACGUGAAGACAACAGCACACUGGGUUGAUGUUAGAGAUGUUGCAAAAGCUCAUCUUUAUGCUUUCACUAAAGAAAACACCAAAAAUAAAAGAUUAAUAAUGAAAGAAGGUGAAAUGACUGAACAAACUAUUUUAGAUAUAAUUAAUUCAAAAUUUCCUCAAUUAUAUGGGAAAAUUGCAAGAGGUGAACCUGGUUCUGAUGUUGAAAUUUGGGAGAAAAAGAAUUUAUUGGAUAAUACUAAAACUUUGGAAAUUUUAGGAUUUGAUCAAAUUUCAUUAGAGAAAUCUGUUGUUGAUACUGUUCAACAAAUUUUGGAUAAUAAAGUUUAUGAGUUUUGA